ACCUGCUGCAGCCCAGUGCUGGGCCAUGACGGUCACCUACUCAAGCCAAGUGGCUAAUGCCCGCUUAGGCUCCUUCUCCCGCCUGCUGUUGUGCUGGCGGGGCAGCAUCUACAAGCUGCUCUACGGCGAGUUUUUCAUCUUCCUGUUGUGCUACUACAGCGUCCGCUUCAUCUAUAGGCUUGCACUAACAGAGGAACAACAGCUGUUGUUCGAGAAGCUGACUCUCUACUGCGACAGCUACAUCCAGCUGAUCCCCAUUUCCUUCGUGCUGGGCUUCUAUGUGACGCUGGUCGUGACCCGCUGGUGGAACCAGUACGAAAACCUGCCGUGGCCCGACCGUCUCAUGAGCAAGGUGUCGGGCUUCGUGGAGGGCAAGGACGAGCAAGGCCGGCUGCUGCGGCGCACGCUCAUCCGCUACGCCAACCUGGGCAACGUGCUCAUCCUGCGCAGCAUCAGCGCGGCGGUCUACAAGCGCUUUCCCAGUCUCCAACACCUAGUGCAAGCAGGCUUUAUGACUCCCGCGGAACACAAGCAUUUAGAAAAACUGACCUUAUCACACAACAUGUUCUGGGUGCCCUGGGUGUGGUUUGCCAACCUCUCAGUGAAGGCCUGGCUUGGCGGUCGAAUUCGGGACUCUAUCCUGCUCCAGAGCCUGCUGAAUGAGAUGUGCACCUUACGUACUCAGUGUGGACGCCUGUAUGCCUACGACUGGAUCAGUAUCCCGCUGGUGUACACGCAGGUGGUGACUGUGGCCGUGUACAGCUUCUUCCUGGCUUGUCUGGUUGGGCGGCAGUUUCUGAACCCAGCCAAGGCCUAUCCCGGCCAUGAGCUAGACCUUGUGGUGCCUGUCUUCACAUUCCUGCAGUUCUUCUUCUAUGCUGGCUGGUUGAAGGUGGCAGAACAGCUCAUCAACCCCUUUGGAGAAGAUGAUGAUGACUUUGAGACCAACUGGAUCAUUGACAGGAACUUGCAGGUGUCUCUGUUGGCUGUGGAUGAGAUGCACCGGGACCUGCCUCCGAUGGAGCAGGACAUGUACUGGAAUGAGCCAGAACCACAGCCCCCCUACACGGCUGCUUCCGCCCAGUCCCGUCGAUCCUCCUUUUUUGGCUCCACCUUCAACAUCAGCCUGAAUAAGGAAGAGAUGGAAUUUCAACCAAAUCAGCAGGAGGAGGAGGAUGCUUACACUGGCAUCAUCGGCCGCUUCCUAGGACUGCAGUCUCAUGACCACCAUCCUUCCAGGAUAAACUCAAAGACCAAACUCCUGUGGCCCAAGAAGGAAGCCUUUCUCCAUGAGGGCCAGCUCAAGAACCUCAAGGGGGCCAGACAGAAUGUCAGGGCACUGGAAGACAGCAGAGCCUGGAAGCUGAAGAUGGACGCCUUCAGGUCGGCUCCACUGUAUGAGAGGCCAGGCUACCACAGUGCCCCGCAGACACCCCUCAGUCACACGCCCAUGAUCUUCCCCCCUGAGGCUCCCUCGAGGCUGCACAGCAUCACGAGCAUAGAUGCCAAAGACCAAAGCCUAAAGCCUGAGACAUCUGGGACUAAGGAUAGUUUUGAAUUACUCCCCAAGAGUGAUGGGGCCUUGGUGGAGCAUCCAGAAAUAUGUCACGUAAGGAGGAAAACUGUCGAGUUUAACCUGAUGGAUAUGCCAGAGAUCCCUGAAUGUCCUCUCAGAGAACAUUUGGGAGAGUCAACAAGUGACAUACACACUAUACUCAAAGAUCAUGCAGACCCUUAUUGGGCCUUGGAAACCAGGGAUGAAGCUCGUUCCUAACCCAUUUCCUAAGGGGAUGCUUCACGGCCUGGUCUUCACCUGCAUGUACACCAGCAGGACACUGAUCCACUAAUAGCCACACAGCUGUCCACACUGAAGAAUAUCACGACAGCCUGCGUUAAAUGGUUUAAUGGAUAAAAGAACCCGUAGUCUAAGACUACUUCAGCCUUUAAAUGCCUUUCAUACAUAAAAAUUGUGAAAGCUAGAAUGAAGCACUGAAAAUACACAAUUCAGUUAUCAGGAGUCCUUACUCCUGUGACUCCCAUACACCCCACACCUGGUUAUCCUUCCCAAACUGAGUUUAAUAAAUACAAAUAUUCUCCUAGACAUUUCAUUUUAAUCAAUGUAACUGAAAUUGAAUCGCGCUACUAAAAUGCAACUGCCAGCUGCAACGGUGCAGUGGUGUUCCAUGAUCCUAAGGCAGUGAUGUCCUGAUUCGUGUCCUUGAGGUCUCCUGGUACACACUGUUCAAGUGUGUGCCGGUGACCCUGCCUGGCUAAGGCUGAGGGUAAGAUAGCCAGCAGCAUGAGGACUCCGCAGGGUGUGUUUCGGUCUCUCCCUCUAAGAAGACAUAAACUUAAGAUGGACUAGACAGGUUUCUGGCCCAUCCCAAGAUUUCAAAAACAACAGCUGGGUACCAAAUUUCUUUAUUUGAAGGAAUGGUACAAAUUAAAGAACGUAAGUGGAUGUCGUGGUACAACUUAUAGGAAACGUAGAAGAAACCCCCAACAUGCAUGCACUGCCCUGGUGAGCAGGGAGGUCACCCCGUGGCCCUGGGGAAGUUAGCCUCAAGCUUAG